CACGGCCCCGCCGUGACGGCCUUUUUUUGAACGCGUCGGACGAUGGACGUGGCCGUGGAAAGCGUCAGGCCCCCCGAGAGCCCCGUCCGGCCCCCGGACUUCGCGAGGACCCCGGGCACCGCCACCAGGCAGAGGAAAGUGAUACGCAUCGCGCGCUCCGAGGACUCGGCCAACGUCAACCGCCGCCCGACGGGGUCCGCGGGCGUCGUCAGGGUCUACCGCAAGCAGGCUCACACGCACUCCGUGCGCGACCUGCCCGACUCGUCGUCGGAGGACGAGGGCAAGAUUUGCACGCCGAUGUCCGAACCCAGGUCGCCGUCCUUGUCACCCACCCGGAAGGCACCCCCGCGCCUGCUGAGCCGAGGCUGGUUUCCCGACCUGUCGCGAGAGGGCAUCGAGGCGGCCGUACCCCUGGUGGCCGUGACGUUCGCUUUCGGCGCGUUCAUGACCGCGGUCGCCAUAUUGUGCAAGCCGCGAACGGGCUGACGACCGGCACGGUGACGGCGCCUCACUCAGUCGCCGCGCUCGAUCCACUUCGAGGCGUCGGGGCGGGUUUGUCACGUGGGAAGGGUUGAGGCGUUCCGUCGACCACUGUCAAGGGGGCGCCGAACUAGCGAACGGGUGUCGCAGAGAGCCGAGACAAGCGGAGAGCCAGUAGGUUCGACUCAGAUCGAGGCGACACGACGUGUCACCGCUGUCGUAUUAAUAAAAACGUCGAUUCCUUGCAACAAACUGCGAUGCAUCACUUUCUGAGUAUCCGCUAUAAUAUAGUACAGUUGGCCCCAAAGGUUUACGGACUCGGGAUCUAAGAAUGGCGCCGAACUAGCCAACGGGUGUCGAAGAGAGCCGAGACAGAGAGCCAGUAGGUUUGAUCGAGGCGACGCGACCUCUCACCCCUGUCGUAUUAAAAAAGUCGAUUCCUUGCAACAAACUGAGAUGGGUCACUUGAUGCGUGUCCACUAUAAUAUAGUAACGUUGGCCUCAAAUGUUUGCAGACUCGGGAUCUGAGAACAUACCGACAGAUUUUCUAAGCAGUUCGUGGGCGCAACCAUUAAAACGGCGCGACACUGAUUUUUCGAACUUCCGUUAAUUGAAUUCCUGUUAAUUCGUUUUGUUCGGUUAAUUCGACCUUGAUUGAAGGUCCUGGCCUAAACCCAUGCAUUUCUAUACGCUCACCCUUUUCGUUAUUUCGAUCUCAAAACUGGCCUUCAUCGUACCCGUAACUCGAACUUCGCC